CCCACCCCCCGCCCUCCGAGCAGUGUCUCAGAGUGAGUGCUGGCGGGCGCCAUGGCCACUGAUCCUCGCGGAAAGGCCGCGACUCUGGCCCUGAGGAGGCGGCUACUCAGCAAUUCCUGCAGACUCUUUUUUCCUGAAGAUCCUAUUAAGAUUGUCCGGGGCCAAGGGCAGUACAUGUACGAUGAACAGGGGGCAGAAUACAUCGAUUGCAUCAACAAUGUGGCUCACGUUGGGCACUGCCACCCUCUCGUGGUCCAAGCAGCACACGAACAGAACCAGGUGCUCAACACCAACAGCCGGUACCUGCACGACAACAUCGUGGAUUACGCGCAGAGGCUGUCCGAGACCCUACCGGAGAAGCUCUGUGUGUUUUAUUUCCUGAAUUCUGGGUCAGAAGCCAACGACCUGGCCCUGAGGCUGGCGCGCCAAUACACAGGACACUGGGACGUGGUGGUAUUAGAUCAUGCUUAUCAUGGUCACCUGAGCUCCCUGAUCGACAUCAGCCCCUACAAGUUCCGGGACCUGGAUGGCCAGAAGGAGUGGGUCCACGUGGCACCUCUCCCAGACACCUACCGGGGCCCCUACCGGGAGGACCACCCCAAUCCAGCUGUGGCCUAUGCCAGCGAGGUGAAACGUGUGGUCGGCAGUGCACAGGAGAAGGGCAGGAAGAUUGCAGCGUUCUUUGCUGAGUCUCUGCCCAGUGUGGGAGGGCAGAUCAUUCCCCCUGCUGGCUACUUCCCAGAAGUGGCAGGGCACAUCCGCAGGGCCGGAGGGGUCUUUGUUGCAGACGAGAUUCAAGUGGGCUUUGGCCGAGUAGGCAAGCACUUCUGGGCCUUCCAGCUGCAGGGGGAAGACUUUGUCCCCGACAUUGUCACCAUGGGCAAGUCCAUUGGCAAUGGCCACCCUGUAGCCUGUGUGGCCACAACCCAAGCUGUGGCGAGGGCAUUUGAAGCCACCGGCGUCGAGUACUUCAACACGUUUGGGGGCAGCCCAGUGUCCUGUGCUGUAGGGCUGGCCGUCCUGGAUGUCUUGGAGAAGGAGCAGCUGCAGGCUCAUGCUGCCUCUGUGGGCAGCUUCCUAAUGGAGCUCCUUGGACAGCAGAAAGCCAAACAUCCCAUCCUUGGGGACAUCAGGGGCGUUGGGCUCUUCAUUGGUGUGGAUCUGAUCAAAGAUGAGGCCACAAGGAUGCCAGCAACUGAAGAGGCUGACUAUGUGGUGUCCAGGCUGAAAGAAAACUACAUUUUGUUGAGCACCGAUGGCCCCGGGAGGAAUGUCCUGAAGUUCAAGCCCCCCAUGUGUUUCAGCUUGGACAACGCACAACACGUGGUAGCAAAGCUGGAUGCCAUCCUGACAGACAUGGAAGAGAAAGUGAGAAGUUGUGAGACACUGAGGCUCCAGCCCUGAGGCAGCUCUGCUGAGGGGUGUCCUCUAGGUUCACACUGUCCUUGCUGGGAGAGAGAAUCCCAUUUCCAAUGGCAAGUCAAGACAGGUGUUCCAAGGUGCUCCAGAUUCGAACUGCCCUGGGCAGUGUCCCCACUGAGGGUGGUAACCCUCAUUGUACUUCACCCCCUUGAAUAGCUGCCCCGUAUCUGAGCCACUCCACUUUCUUUAAAGGGGCACAAGUCCUAGGCAGGGCCAAGUCAUUAAAAGAAACUAACCAAAGAUGUGGAGAGUGUGUGCUUAUGCCUGACAGGAUGCAGUUAGGUGGUCUUGGA